UUUACGUUAACAUUUCACAUUACUGGAAAGAACUCCUAUUAAAAUCACACUAAAAUCUUUUUGCAAAAUGGAAUGGUUGAAGCAGAAGACUUCCAAUUUUCAAAUCUAAAAAGCUCACCCUUUACAUUUUAAUAAUUUUUGUUUUAUGAUAUUUAUCUUUCUGUACAAUUAUCAUUUUCUUCAGUUACAACCAGAGGUCAGGAGACCCUAAUGGCUUUGUGACCUUUUUAACAAAAUCAGGUCUCAGCCCUGGGUUGAUGCCGCGCUAUGUGGGCAACCGCCUGCACAUCCUGUUCCAUCUGUCCGGUGUGAUAUUCUCCAAGAGGCCAGAUCUCUUACAGUACUUGAAAAAGUACUGUACCUCUCAGCAGCUACGUUUGUCCCUCCUGAGUGACCUGCAGAAUGAGGACAUCUCUGUUCAGCUGCAGGCACUUGGCUUAUUCGGUAAGCUGCUGACUGGCCCUUGGAUGAAGGAGCUGUACUGUGGAGAGGAGGAAAUGAGCCAUAUGGAGGGGACCCCCAAGCUGAUACGCUGUGUUGAGAACCUACGCAGCGUAGAAGCUGACCCUUCCAUUUUGGUUUCUUCAACUGACUGCCUCUUCGGGGAACCCUUGCAGGACGACGAUGAAACACUACGUCAGCUGAGGGCAGUACCUUCUCACCAUGCAGAGGUGCUGCCCGAAAUCAUCAAGAAGCUCGCUGGAGCUUUCGUCGUUCUGCUUGACAGACAGCUUCUACGUUAUCUUCAGGGCCCUCUCUCUGAACCAACGCCCAGCCUUCUUGAUGUGACUUCUGCCGCUCCUGUGCAUAACAUGCAUUCGGAGCGGACCUUAGGGCGCUUCGAUGCUCAAUUUCGUCGAGCACCUAACGCCACCAUCGGGUUCCUUGACGGAAAAGUGAAGUGGCAAUCAAACAAGACAGCAGAGUGGUUGAACAGCAAGCCCUCUGCUGAACAACGUGAGAUUGUCUCCUUUGCAAUUUCUCAAGGAGCCCGAAAUCGAAGCGCCCUCAAACAGAAGGAGCAGGAGAUCACCAACGUCAAGCGCCAGCGCCAGGUGGAAUUGGCCCAACGGAGGGACCGCACAGAUCGGAAGAAGGUGGAGCAGAAGGUCACAGACUUCCUCACAACAGGAACUGAGGGAGACCUUUUCUGUGACCUUUCUGAAGACAUGGUCCACCUUUUUCAUACCAUCAAAAACACUGACUCUGCUGCGGUCAGUGGGGUGAAGUGUACUCACACCUGGGAUGUGGAUGGAGAGGAUGUCGUAUUCCAAGCAGAAUUGGUACGUUUUGAGACAUUCAAGCGGAAGCCUUGCCUCGUAAUAGCCUACCAAGAGGACGCCACAACGGCUGCAACAGAGAGCAAAAUCCCCGUCUCUGAAUUUCUGACAGAUGCUCUCUUUAACGAUGUGACAUUGUUGUAGGCUUCCGCUUGAACAUCCU